AUGUCGUCGACGACCCUCCAGCGCACGGCCACGCCCAUCACCCCUACGCCCUCGGCCACGAGCACCCUCCCCGUCGGCCACGACGGGCCCGAGGGGGGCGCGGCGUCGCAGCCGCUCCUCUGGGUCGUCAUCCCCCUGCUGGCCAUCUUCGCCGCCGGGUGCUUCACCGUGUUCGUGUGGACGCGACAUCGGCGGGGCCGCGGCGACGGCAGCGGCCGCCGGCUCUGGCCCGAGGACCGCAUCCUGCUGCCGAGCGGCUACAUCAUGGCCCGCUCGGGCGGGCGCAGGUGGGCGGAUCGGAACCGCAGCCGCGAUCUCGAGGGGCUCAACGAGCUGGGCGAGGCGCCGCCGCCGUACGACACCAAGAAGCCGCCCUCUAUCAGCUGUCGCUACGAUCCGGCCGACGGCGCCGGGACUGAGUUGACGAAUAUGGAUAGCGCGGGGGCGAGGGCGCCCGAGUACGUUCCUCGUCCGCCUGAGGCACAUGUUGCUACGUCCCCGUCGAGGAGGAGCAUAUGA